GAAAUUGGGUCUAAUUGGUGGUAUUGAAGGGCCCAAUUCGUAAUCUAUAAUAAAAACGUCAUCUUCUUCCUCCUCCAAACCUAGCGCCGGCGUAUCUCUGCCCAGGUUAGUUUUUGCAAGGUAGCAGAUCGGAAUGGCUCCUAAAGCUGAUGCUUCUAAGAAAUCUGAUGCUAAGGCCCAGGCCUUGAAGGCUGCCAAGGCGGUAAAAUCGUCAGGCACCUUCAAGAAGAAGGCCAAGAAGAUCCGCACUAAAGUUACUUUCUAUCGACCAAAAACAUUGACAAAGGAGAGAAAUCCAAAAUAUCCGAGAAUAAGUGCAGCCCCUCGCAAUAAACUCGAUCACUACCAGAUACUUAAAUAUCCGUUAACCACGGAAAGUGCGAUGAAGAAGAUCGAAGACAACAAUACUUUGGUCUUCAUUGUCGACAUUCGUGCCGACAAGAAGAAGAUCAAGGCUGCUGUCAAGAAGAUGUACGAUAUUCAGACCAAGAAGGUUAACACCCUUAUCAGGCCCGAUGGUACCAAGAAGGCAUACGUGAGGCUUACCCCAGACUAUGAUGCUUUGGAUGUUGCUAACAAAAUUGGAAUCAUCUGAGUUGGCCUCUGCGUUGCAGUUCUUUGUUCUGGUUGUUAUUUGACUUGACACACCCUGUUUGUAAACUCGGAUGAGUAAACUGCAUUAUAUGUUUUAGCUACAGCUCUAGGAUUGUUAAACCUUCUCUAAAGUUCAGAUUUUGUUCUCA